AUUAAAUUUUACAGUAACUGUGUAUUGAAAAAUCAGUUAGAAAACAAAAUAUGUAACAGAAUUAGUUUUGAGCUAUAAAUGAAUUUCAUAAUGAUACUAUUUAAUAUUUAUUGAUGAUUGAUUUUUCUCGAAAUAUUUUUCUGCCCACCGUCAACGAAACCUAUAAAUAAAGGACCUCAUAUGGUUUCCAAUUUUCCGUUACACUAUUAUACAAAUACUCUCUUCUUCGCUGAAUCUCUCCGUCUCUGAUUCAGUGAUUCUAAUCCUUAUACAAACACUAUUAUACAAACACUCACUUACACUCUCUUCUUUGCUGAUUCAGUGAUUCUAAUUCUGAUCAGUUUUAUUGCACUCUCCGAAUUCAAUUCUACUCUUAAUUCAGUAUCAUGGCUAUUAUAACAACAACAAAGAGGACUGAACGGUUCCGUCGUACAACACCACCAACAUGCAAGUAUUGGCUAGCUGGGAGAUGCAACAGAAAUCCUUGUCAAUUUUCACAUAGCUUACCAACCUCGCCAUCCAAUGUAUACUAUAAUGCCAAUACGACAUAUAAGCAUUCGAAGAAGCCCGAUUCGUCCGUUGAGAAGAUCGCCAGUUCCUCUGCUAAGAAGGCAAUAAAUUGCACACCCAAGAACUUCAAGAAGCCAGAAAAUUGUGCACUAAAGGCUGUUGAGUGCAGACCAGAAUCUAUAUCUGUUGGCUUGGCCAGUUCCUCUGUUAAGAAGGCAAUAAAUUGCGCACCCAAGGCCUUGAAGAAGCCAGAAAAUUGUGCACAAAAGGCUGUUGAGUGCAGACCAGAAGCAGAAGCUAUAUCUGUUGAGAAGCCAACCAAGUGUGAAGAAAAGGCUGUAUUGAUUGAAAAGACUGCAGACGUGGAAGAUGUGGCCACUGUUGCUAAGGCUUCUGUGGAUAAAUCACGCAGUAUUUGCAAAUCUUGGAUGACUGACAAUUGUGUGGACGGUGACUUGUGUCAGAAUUUGCAUUCAUGGUUUUAUGGUGAUGGGUUUUCUACGCUUGCAAAGCUUCAUGAACACAACAAGGCAAUCACUGGCAUUGCACUGCCGGCUGGUUCAAACAAACUUAUUUCUGGUAGCACUGACGGCACAGUUCGAGCAUGGGACUGCAACACUGGCCGUUGUGUUAACAUGAUCCAUCUUAAUUCUCCAGUUACCUCACUUAUAUCUGAGGGCCCAUGGAUCUUUGCCGGUGUGAAAAAUGCUGUGAAAGCAUGGAAUAUUCAUACGGGUGCAGAUGUUACUCUUGAUGGACCUAAAGGGCAAGUCCUUUCAUUGAAUGUAGGCAAUGAUAUCCUCCUUGCUGGAGCAGAGGAUGGUGUUAUUUAUGCUUGGAGAUGCAGCUUUGAGUCUCCUUUCAAAAUGGUUGCAACACUAGGUGGUCAUAGUAAACCAGUGGUUUGUCUUGCUAUUGGAUCUCACAAGAUGCUUUAUUCUGGAUCCAUGGACCAUAGCAUUAAGGUUUGGGACCUUGAUACAUUCCAGGGCACAAUGACACUUAACGGGCAUACCGACGUUGUCACAUCACUUAUUUGCUGGGACAAUUACUUGUUAUCGGGUUCAUCUGAUUGCACAGUCAAUGUUUGGGUGUGCACCGAGGAGGGAACUCUAGAAGUGACAUACACUCACACUCACCAAAUUGCUGUUCUUGGACUGUAUGGGAUGACUGAUGUAGAGGCCAAGCCAAUAUUGUUUUGCUCGUGCAAAGAUAAUUCAGUUCGUAUGUAUGAAUUGCCGACGUUUCUAGAGAGAGGUCGACUAUUUACAAGACAAGAAGUUCGAUCCUUUCAGAUAGGCCCUGGCGGACUCUUCUUCACUGGAGAUGGGACUGGUUUGCUGAAUGUGUGGAAAUGGUUAGAAGAGGCCAAGGUGCCAACAUAGGAAAAUACAUCUUGAGUUACAUGAUGAGUUAUUCUAAUUACUUUGAUGUGGUGACCUUAUCUUUAUUCUCUGAAUGUAUGAAUUAACUGAGCAUACUUGAUGUUGGGGUUGGGCAUAUUGGUUCUUGAGGUACAAGAAUUUAGAGAAGUAUUAUUGAUUCUCUGAAAUAUCAAAAAGAUUGAUUCUUGAAGCAAAAGAAACAACAAAAAAAAUAAGAAAAGCAAAAAAGAAAA